UGACCGUCUUUCGAAAAAAAACAAAAUAAAAUUGCCCGUCUCUUUCGCACGUAUUUGGCGCUGCACGUGUUGAGUUUGUUUUGCUAUUUGCUCCGCGUUAAAAAUUGUUUUUAUUGAUAAAAAUAAGUUACGCGGCAAAUCAACAAGAUGAAGUGGACUACAGCGAAUAUCAAACAUGUCAACUAUACAGCCAAACAUGAAUUAUAUGUGGGAACGCACACUGGCUCAUUUAAGCAUUUGCUACCGGCGGCAGAGAAAAAUCCACAUGCACAGUCUAAUCUCAGCGAUAUAACUGCAUUGGACAAGGAAUCGCGUGUUACUGCCUUGGGUUUUGGCAAUGAGGAGCAAACCGAAAUUCUGCUUGGCCGCGCUAAGAAUAUAGCUGAGCUGCACACGAUUGGCUUAAGUGGUGGCCUCAACACACGUCAAAUUGCUUUUAGCGCAGCGCCUAUUGUAGGUCUAGCUCAGUACAAUAACAACAUUAUUGCUGGCAUUGGCAAUGGCCAAAUACAGACAAUGGCGCUUGAUGUGGCAAGCAGUGACGAGACACAAGAGCCCGUUGUCAUUAGCACAGGUGACCAAAUGGAACAUCUCCGACAGUGCAGCGCAGCCCCACAUAUAGUGGCAACCGGUGGCAAGGCGCGUCAAAAUAAUCUUAAAGUCUACGAUUUAAGUGCCGAUGGCAAGCAAAUAUUUAGUUCCAAAAACUUGCCCAACGAUUAUCUGCAGCUGGAGGUGCCCGUGUGGGAUAGCGAUAUUGGUUUUAUGGACAAUCCUCAUGUCUUGGCUACAUGCUCGCGCCAUGGUUAUGUACGUUUGUAUGAUACGCGCAAGCAGCGACGACCUGUAACUCACUUUGCCAGCGAAGAGCACGGCAUGAGCUUUGCUGCACUAAUAGCGCAUGAAAAUUAUAUUUAUACGGGCACCACAAUGGGUGUUCUGAAGGCUUUUGACACACGUCGGAUGAAGACGCACGUGCACACCUAUAAGGGUUUUACAGGCGGCAUUAGUGACUUGCACUUGGAUGAAACGGGCAAAUAUCUGAGCUCCGCUAGUCUCGAUCGCUAUGUGCGUGUGCAUGAAACGCAAUCCACAGUGCUGCUGUAUCAGUGUUAUGUCAAAUCGAAGGCAACCAAGGUGCUCAUAAGACCAGCGGCGGCACAACAAACUGCCAGCGACGAAGAAGAGAAUGAAGAGGCAGUGCAAACGCAAGUGCAGCAGAAAAACAAAAGCAAGCUUAAGGAAACUCCACACGAUGCUGAGUAUGAGGAUCUGUUUGAUCAAAUGGCAACAGUUGGUGAUGAUAGCGAAGAAGAAGCUGAAUUGCAGCCCAAUCCAGCAGCAUUAAAACGCAAAGCAGCCAAGCAAACGCAGAAAACAAAAAAGAAAAAACAAACAAAUAAUUAA